AUGGCCGAAACCGCGACCAAGCAGGCGCCUUCGACCUAUGUCGGGACGAGCAAGGUCGUCCAGACGGAUUACCCGCUCAUCGAUAACGACCCUCACUUCAAGCGAGUUGUUGGAUAUGCACGAACGUCCGACUACGUUGCUGGCGGUGCAGCUGCUGCAUUUGCCCCCGGCGCCCUCUACGCCCUCGAGAAGUUUGCCCCCUCAUACGUCGGUAAGGGCGGUUUUGCCAAAGCUAUGCGAUUGGCCGGCGCUGUUGGUAUUGCUGGCGGUUUCCUCUACUUUUACCAGCGAUCAUGUCUGCGAUUCUACGGCGCUACCGAAAACGCCCGCGAGAUCGAGAUGGACAUGCGAGAAAUGGUGGCCAAGGUCAAGGCGGGCGAGUCCCUGUACGGCGAAAGCAGACUGAGCCCAUACCUGCAAGGUGUUGCAGCCCGACAAAGCAGAUACUCUGCGCUCUUCUUCAGCACUGUACCGUGGUUCAACUUUGUCAACCAUAAUCAGCACGGCGUGGACACAGCCAAAUACUAUCAGCAAGCGGAGCGGGAGUUGGAGACGGAGCGAGCUGCCAAGAGUUCGUAG